AGCCAUCUCUGGCCGAUCCCAGGGUCCUGGAUCCCGACUUAGGUAGCAUGGCUCAGUCGCCAUGUUGGUCUGAUACCUCAAAGUGAUUCAGCCCUGUCGUUACAUUCAGCAAAGGCAGUAAGCGCUAGAGGAACAAUAUCGAAAGUUAUAUCACCGCCAUGACCCCGUCGUCUUUCUUCUCUGUGGUGUCUUCUCGGUUCCUGUCGUGUUAUCCCAGAAUCUUCUUCCCGCGGUGACACAACCCUAAGCCAAAAGAAACGAUAUCCUGAACAAUGGCUCCCAAGUACCUUUCGUCUCUCUUCCUGGCCGGUAGUGCCACGGCCGCGGCCGGCUUUCAGUUCCACGGCCAUCUCAACGCCCUUGCGGCGGCGAACAACGCCGUCAACGCGGCCGCGACAACGGAUGUCGGUUACCAAGCCUGUACCUCCGUCAGCUCCCUGGUGCUGUCCUGUUCCGCUGCCGGAUCCCUCGCCGACAACAUCCCCGAGGCGUCCCAGGCGGCAUGUGUCUGCUGCCAGGGUCAGUCAGAACUGGACCUGCAGUACUCGAACUGUGCCGCUUACAUUAACACUGCGCUCCAAAACCCAUCCUUGGGUUCGGUGUACGGCGCCGUCUACACCUUCUGCGCCGAAUACUCAUGCGGAGCCGCAGCCGCACCAUCAACAACAACAUCGCAGCCGUCCACCACCGUCGCCUUCAUCACCACCAGCCGUGCUGCCACCAUCACAUCCGCGGCCUCGGUGGUGCCCGCAGCUUGCGCUUCCGUGGUCUCCAUCGCCAGCCGCUGCGCUAACGGCGACAGUGAGGACGAGAUCCUCUCUUGCCUAUGCCACGACACGUCAGGCAAGACCAACACCCAAGUUGAAGAAUGGGCCAGCAGCUGUCUCCCCUGGGCACGGUCAAACUCCCCGCAAGAUGUCACUGUGAUCCAGGCACUCGAAUCCGUUUGCACUGCCGGCGCCGGCGCUGUCUCCUCCCUCUCCGGCCAAGCCUCCACGAGCACUAGCGACGACGACGAUGGCGGCUUUACCGUGACUACUAACCGCCCUGCCUUUGGAUUGCCUACCGCCGGCGGCACUGCUGCCAGCGAUCCAGCUGCGUCGACUGCCACGCAGACGAGGGUCGUGGAGACGGAGGCGCCGGCUGUUACGUCGAGCACGUCGAGUGCGGCGGCGGGAGUUAUGGUUCAGCAGCCGCUGGGAGGGGUGGCUGCCUGGGUUGUGAAUGGGUUGGUUGCGGUUGCUGGGUGGUUUGUUGUGCUUUGAAAAGGGGGGGUCGUUGGUUUGGUUAAUGGGGUUCAAAGAUUCGGCCAGAUAAAAAGCGCCAUGUGAAUAAUGAUAAUGAGGUUUUGGAAUGGUUGGAUGGAGUUGGGUGGUCAUAUGAUGUUUAGUUGGGAUGAUUAACUCUUUUCACUGGACUUUUGUCAAGCGAGUCCGGCGUCAAAUCAGUUCGAAUAACAAAGAUGAGUCAAACGUGAUACUCAACCAAUAUGUCACAUGACAACAGGAGAUGUGUGGUGUG